AUGACUUGUGGAGCAUUACGACGCGGCUGCUAUGAAGGAGCAGAGGGCAUGCGCAGAGUAGAGAGGAAGGAGCUUACAGCAAAGAAAAAUUUCUACACUUACGAAGGCGAUAUCCUUCGUUACAUGUCUGUUAUGGAUCUUUCUUGUAACAGAUUCAUUGGACAAAUCCCGACAGAAUGGGGAAACUUAAGUGGGAUAUUUGCUCUAAAUCUGUCACAAAAUAAUCUCACUGGAUUGAUCCCUUCAUCCUUUUCCAAUCUGAAGCAAAUAGAGAGCUUGGAUCUUUCUCACAACAACUUGAAUGGGAGAAUUCCUGCACAACUCGUUGAACUGACCUUUCUAUCUGUUUUCAACGUGUCGAGCAAUAAUUUGUCAGGAAGAACACCGGAGAUGAAAAAUCAAUUUGGUACCUUCGAUGAAAGCAGUUAUAAAGGGAAUCCUCUUCUUUGUGGACCUCCAUUGCAAAAAAGUUGCGACAAAACAGAAUCACCAUCAGCGAGAGUGCCUAACGAUUUCAAUGGAGAUGGUGGCUUCAUAGACAUGUACAGUUUCUAUGCCAGCUUUGGUGUGUGUUACAUAAUUGCGGUGUUGACAAUUGCAGCAGUACUGUGCAUAAAUCCGCAUUGGCGACGCAGGUGGUUUUACUUCAUUGAAGAAUGCAUCGACACUUGCUACUGCUUUUUGGCUAUAAACUUUCGCAAGUUGUCCAGAUUCAGAGGGUGAUUGGGUCUUAUCAUGAUCGAGUGGGCUGCUUUCUGAAUUUGUUGCAAUCCUCUGUGGGGAAGCAGUCGCAUUCCAAAUCACUGGUUGCUCACAACAUGUAUAGCAAUUUGCCUGUGAGAAGUGUUCUGUCGAAGUGUCUGGUUCUUGUUGCUUAGCCUUUCUGUUUUGACAUGACUUGUGUUUGUCAUUGUGCUUGUAUCCAUAUUUGUUUGUUUCGUUGUUAUGCCUUAAUUAUGUUGCGUUUUGGUCUUAGAUAAGCAAUCAACCAAUACUUCUUGGCUUCUUGUGAUUUCUAUAUCCCUAAUAAUAUGGAAUUUAUUCAC